GGCAUAAGAUGGACGAAGUUCCUGCGUCAUCCCCUGAUGCCGAGCAGGCUAGCGGUGUGGUCCCUCAGUCGGAAUUGCCGAAGCGGGUGAAUAGCAAUCCUGCCGUGGCCACCGCAGAGACGAAGAGCGUUGCCCCUCCAUCAGGUCUCUUCGAUACGUCCCAAGGAGUCAACGAGCCCCUUGGGGGUAUUAGCGUGCCCUACGAUGGAGGACCCGAUAAAGGUGGUCAACGAAGAGUUAUCGCCGAAGAUCCAGAGUGGAACCUUGCUGCGGUGGAGAACUUGAGCGAAUUAUGUAUUCGGUCCAUCGUGGCGAAUUUCGAAAAGCGGCCCGUCUUGACAGGCAUCCCAGCUAAAUACCGAGAGCGAUUGCUAUCCUCUAUUUCCGUUGACCUUCCCCUAGUAAUAACAGCGCCCUUAAUUCCUGAUGACACAUAUUGGAAAAGAAAAGCGAUUGCAACGUUUAAACUAUGUGAUCCAUCCGCGCAUGGGGGAGUGUGGAAACGACUGUUCUUCGAAUUGCACAUGCGUCGAAUAAUUGAGGCGUACAUACCAGAUGGGGAACAUUUGGACGCAUUCUUAGCAGACUUGGAUUUGGCAGCGUCCUACGUAGAAACUAUACGUAUCACGCAGCUAUUACCUGUGGGUUACCAGAACAAGAUGAAUCUGGAUCAAAAAGGAGUAGAUGCUCGACGUUUCGGGACACAACGAUCAGGCCAUGUUCCGGGUUCAGAAAAAUCCGCAAUGGACGAAAAUGACAAAGAGUUUACCAAGCCAGGAUCGUCUCCAGAUCAUUUAGACAUUGGCUUGAUUUUAACAAAGCUAAGCAAAGUGUCAGAACUCAAUCUGUAUUAUGGGGUACGAGACUGUGGGAUCGAUUUUGAUUGGCAAUACUUUGGGAUGACGUUGAACGAUUGUAUAUCGCUUGCCAAUGCAGUCAAGGCUUCCCAUCUCUCGAGUUUGACCAUUCAAGCAAGCAGAAUAGACGAUGAUCGAUGCCGAUUGCUAUGUUCCGCCCUACUGCAAAAUAGCACCUUGCAUCGACUUGAUUUGUCGCACAACCGAAUUGGGGAUACAGGUGCCCGCGGACUGGCUAAGGUGCUCGGCACAUCAACAACCGCCCUAGAGUACCUCAACCUCUCGGAUAACAAAAUCGGGCGUCACGGAGCUCGCUGCAUAGGAUCGGCGUUGAAACAAAACAAGACAUUGAAACAUUUAUCCUUGAAUAUGAAUUACUUGACAGAUGCAGGCGGAGCCAGCCUAUGUUCUGACUUGCGUGAAAACGACAAUCUUCAAAAUCUGGAACUCAGUAGCAAUAGUCUUGGCUGGACGACGGUGACCUCUUUAUGUGAUUUACUGAAACACAAUGGGAAAGCCCUCGUCGCUUUGGACCUCAGCUGCAACAAGUUGGGGCGAGUGGCUGCUGGAAAAAGUGAUGGGACGCAGGAAACUCAGACAACUGAAGGAGUGGAUGAUGUAGCAGGAAAAAUGCUAUUAGAUGCCAUUAGUCAAAACAAGUACGUUACAACUUUAGACAUAAGAAUGACGCAGCUUUCCGAGGAAUACACUAUCGCCAUUCAAGGCAUAGUCCAAGAGAACAGGUCGGCCGUAUAACCUUACAGCCAAAUAACUUGUACAUAGAGAUCUUAUCUUAGUUUUAAUCACAUUACCGAUUACACAUGAAAACGAGUCCUCUGAAGAACAUACAGUUCCUCAGUAUGCCAA